AUGGAACAAGUCUCGAUCGGCGGCAGCAAAUACUUACUGCUUGUGGUUGACGAAGCCAGCGGUUGCAUGAAGGGCUUCUGUCUGCGGUCCAAGUCUGAGAGUGAAGACUGUAUCAAGAACCACAUUAUCAAGAUUCAAACUCAGUUCGGCACGAAGAUCAAGUUUGUUCGGCACGAUGGAGCGCAUGAGUUUGCGACCAACUCCAUCAAGACCUUCUACGAAGAUCAUGGUAUUGAACAACAGAUCACGGUGCCGUAUGCACACCAGACCAACGGCACCGCAGAACGCGCGAUAAGGACCAUCGUCACGAUCGGACGCAGCUUGUUGCAUCAUGCAAAGCUGGAGAAGUGUUUCUGGGCUGAAGCGGCAAUGACGGCGAUCUACAUCAAGAACCGCCUGCCUUCACCCAAGAUCGACCACAAGACUCCGUUCGAGAUCGUGUACAAGUCGAAACCAAGUGUCAAGCACAUGCGCGUGUUUGGAUGUCGGGCGUUUAUCCUGACACCAAGGGAGAAGCGAUUGAAGUGGGACCCGAAGGCUUGUGAAGGGAUGUUCAUGGGCUACGAAGAAGCGUCAAAAGCUUAUCGAGUGUACGACAUUGAGGCGGGCCAAGUGGUGAUCAGUCGUGACAUCACCUUCGACGAAUCGACUUUUGACUUUUCGAUGGACCGACCAAGUGACGAUGAUGAAGAUGCGGAGUUGGACCUCGACCUCCUGGCGAUCAACGAGGACGACGUGCGUCAAACCGUCUACAAGCAGACUGGCAAGCGCAAGAGUGAAGCAAGACCCGGCAUGUCACGGUCAGCUCGCCCUCGAACUGGGUUGGAACAAGCAAGUGCGCCGGAACACGUCUCCAACCGUCACCAGAAACGACGAUCAAGUGCUCCAGAAACGAUGUCUGAUGACGAAGAAGAUGCAAGCGUGUACGAUCAAGAUGACGACUCGACGCCUCCAACAUUUUGGCGUGCAAGUGCAAACGCAGUGGAAGCAACGGACCUAGCAGAACCUGUGACUUUUCAAGACGCGAUCAAUGGUCCUGAUCAAACUCACUGGCGAAAUGCUGUGAAGGCGGAACUCAAGUCGAUGCAUCUUCGUGGAGUUUUCCGUGCGGCAAAACUGCCAAGAGGCCAAGGCGCGAUCGGCACCAAGUGGGUGUUCAAGAUCAAGCGCAAAGCGGAUGGAUCGGUCGAGAAAUACAAGGCGCGUCUCGUUGCCAAGGGCUUCAAGCAGAAGUACGGCAUCGACUACACAGAGACGUUCUCGCCCGUGGUCAAGUACGUGACACUGCGUAUGGUGAUCGCGAUCACCAAGUAUUUCGACUGGCCACUGGACCAACUCGAUGUGGUGACAGCCUUUCUCUACGGAGUGAUGAAGGAGAAGGUGUACUGCGUGAUACCAGAAGGCGUCGAGAUGGAUGGCGACUUCGACUGUCUCGAGUUGACUUUCGACGAGUUCGUAUGCUCCAUCGGUUUCGAAGCGUCGGCGUUCGACCCAUGUCUCUACAUCAAGGUUGUCGACGGUCACUGUGUGCUCGUGCUGGUCUACGUGGAUGACGUGUUGGUCACCGGCAGCUCGCUCGAGUUGAUUGCGCAGACGAAGGCCGACCUCAAGACGCGUUUCGAGAUGACCGACAGUGGCAAGUGUACUUUUGUACUGGGCAUCGAACUGGUGGACGAAUCGGAUGGCAGCGUGACAAUGUGCCAGCGACGGUAUGUCAACGACAUCCUCAAGCGCUUCGGCAUGGAUGAGUGCAAGGCCACAGCAAGUCCGGUCGACUUGAGCACUCGGCUUGUCGCAAGCACCGAAGCGGCCAAGAUCGACAUUCCAUUUCGUGAAGCUGUGGGAGCUUUGAUGCACUUGACGACUGCGACGCGCCCGGACAUUGCGUAUGCUGUGGGGUACGUCUCGCGCUUCAUGGAGAAUCCGCAGCAAGAACAUUGGACGGCGGUGAAGCGCAUCUUUCGUUACUUGCAAGGGACCAAGUCGCACGGACUCCGCUUCCAGCCAAGCGACAAGAUCGACUUUCGUGGCUACUCGGACGCGGACUGGGCCGGCGACCACGCUGAUCGCAAGUCGACUUCGGGUUACACUUUCAUGCUGAUGGGUGCUCCUGUGAGUUGGGGAAGCAAGAAGCAGUCAAGUGUGUCGCUGUCGACGAGUGAAGCGGAAUACAUCGCACUGAGUCUGGCCAUCCAGGAAGGCAAGUGGGUGCAUCGCCUGCUAUGCGAGAUUUUGGCGGCCGCAAACGAACCAGGACCGGACCUCGUCAUCCGUGAAGACAACCAGUCGUGCAUCAAGAUGACGAAGAAUCCGGUGAAUCAUGGCCGCGCCAAGCACAUCGACAUCAAGUACCAUCACAUCCGUGAUGAGGUCAAGCGCGGUGAAGUGCAGCUCGAGUAUUGCGAGACUUCCGUGAUGAUGGCGGACAUCAUGACCAAGGGACUUUCGGGACCUCGUCACAAGGACUUGACGACGGCUCUCGGCAUUCGUGCGAGUUCGGAUUGA